AGGACGGGGGCGCGCGCGGUGGGAAGGCUGCGAAACGUUUCGCCCGCUAGGCUAGGCUAGGCCAGGCCGGGCCGGGCCGCCAUGUUGAGGCUGCAGUGAUCGGAGGCGGCGCUCGGCGCUCGAAUCCCGGAUCCCGGCUGAUGAAGUCCUGAGGCAGGAGGAAAGCCGCGGACCGGCCACGAUGAUCCACAGUCUGUUUCUCAUCAACAGCAGCGGGGAUAUCUUUCUGGAGAAGCAUUGGAAGAGCGUGGUGAGCCGCUCCGUCUGUGACUACUUCUUGGAGGCGCAGGAGAAGGCCGGGCAGCCGGAGAAUGUGGCGCCUGUGCUCGCCACCCCCCACCACUACCUGGUCAGCACCCACCGCCAUGGCAUCUUCUUCGUGGCCGUCAUCCAGUCGGAGGUGCCGCCGCUCUUUGUCAUCGAGUUCCUGCACCGAGUGGCUGAAACACUGCAGGACUACUUUGGAGAAUGCUCAGAGACAUCAAUUAAAGAUCAUGUUGUGAUUGUAUACGAGCUCCUAGAAGAGAUGUUGGACAAUGGGUUUCCAUUAGCCACUGAAUCCAACAUUUUAAAAGAACUGAUUAAACCACCAACUAUUCUUCGUUCAGUUGUUAAUUCUAUAACAGGGAGCAGCAACAUAGGAGAUCAGCUUCCAACUGGUCAACUGUCUAACAUCCCCUGGCGGAGAGCAGGAGUCAAGUACACAAACAAUGAAGCUUAUUUUGAUGUUACAGAAGAAAUUGAUGCCAUUAUAGAUAAAUCAGGAUCAACAGUCUUUGCUGAAAUCCAGGGUGUUAUAGAUGCUUGCAUUAAGCUGACUGGUAUGCCAGAUCUUACUCUUUCCUUCAUGAAUCCAAGGCUACUGGAUGAUGUCAGCUUCCAUCCAUGUGUUCGUUUCAAACGAUGGGAAUCUGAACGAGUUCUGUCAUUUAUUCCUCCAGAUGGAAAUUUCCGUUUAAUGUCUUACCACGUCAGCGCUCAAAACUUGGUGGCAAUUCCAGUGUAUGUGAAGCAUAAUAUCAGUUUCAGAGACAAUGGAUCGACAGGACGUUUUGAUGUAACAAUUGUGCCAAAACAGACUAUGGGAAAGAUGGUGGAGAGUGUCCUAGUGAUUGUUCACAUGCCCAAAGGGGUGCUGAAUAUGAAUCUUACUGCAGCACAGGGCAAUUACACAUUCGAUCCAGUCACCAAGGUGUUACUUUGGGACAUUGGAAAAAUUAGCUUGCCAAAGUUACCAACUCUUAAGGGAUUAAUUAACCUACAGUCUGGGGCACCAAAACCCGAAGAAAAUCCAACGCUCAAUGUUCAGUUUCGGAUCCAGCAACUUGCUGUAUCAGGUUUGAAAGUGAAUCGACUAGACAUGUAUGGGGAAAGAUACAAGCCAUUUAAAGGUGUGAAAUAUGUCACCAAAGCAGGAAAAUUUCAGGUCAGAACAUGAGGGAUUUUAAAAAAUUGCACCAUAUCAGGUAUUCAAUGAAAAAUGUCAAUGAUUUUGGAAAAUCUACAUUAUUUUUGAAUCAGACAAUUCCAAGAUUUCCAAAGUAUUCUAAUGAUAAACUGAAAGGCAAGACAUGAAAGGAACUUAUUCCAUUGAAUUUAUAAACUGCCUUAAUCUCAAUAUGAUGUUAACUGAAAUAUGAAACUGGUUUUAUUUGUAGGUAUUGAUUGCAAUAUUUCUAAAGGGCCAUUGUUCAUCUGUAUUCAUUCUCUUCAUUAACCAGAACAUGUACAUUCAAAUAUUCUACUUGUUCUCUAAAACACAGAUAUUCAAUCUUGUAUCACCAACCUCUGAUAUUUGGUUGCUUCUGUACCUGACAAAUACUAAAUGAGUAUAUCUGUUAUGUAGUAGUAAAGAACUUCGGAAUUUCACGAAUACUCAAUAGCAUUACUUGUCAUU